AUGGUGAUGAGUUUCCGAGUCUCAGACCUUCAGAUGCUGUUGGGCUUCGUCGGCAGGAGCAAAAGUGGACUUAAACACGAACUAGUCACCAGAGCUUUACAACUGGUCCAGUUUGACUGCAGCCCUGAGGUGUUCAAGAAAAUUAAGGAGCUCUAUGAGACUCGUUACAACAGGAAGAGCUCUGAGGUGGCUCAGCCACCACCACCACCACAACAGCAGCAUCGCUCCGAGGCCCUUUCCAUACACUCAUCCUACGACCGCGGCAGCGCCGUGGCUCGGACUAUCUCCACCACUAACAUUGACUAUCCUGCUCUCUAUGGGAAGUACCUGAAUGGACUGGGAAGGUUACCUCCCAAAGUAGCCAAACCUGAGGUUCGCUUGGUGAAACUUCCUUUCUACACCACCUUGGAUGAGCUCUUGAAGCCAACAGAGUUAGUUCCACAGAACAAUGAGAAGCUUCAGGAAAGUCCAUGUAUCUUUGCAUUAACACCGAGACAAGUGGAGCUGAUCAGAAAUUCCAGGGAGCUGCAGCCUGGUGUGAAAUCAGUUCAGGUAGUGCUGAGAAUCUGCUACACAGACACCAGUACUCCUCAGGAGGAUCAGUACCCUCCCAAUAUCGCCGUGAAGGUCAACCACAGUUACUGCUCUGUGCCAGGUUACUACCCAUCCAACAAACCUGGAGUGGAACCUAAAAGGCCCUGUCGUCCCAUCAACCUCACCCACCUCAUGUACCUGUCCGUAGCCACCAACCGGAUCACGGUCACCUGGGGGAACUAUGGAAAGAGCUACUCCGUGGGGCUGUACCUGGUGAGGCAGAUGACCUCAGCAGAGCUGCUGCAGAGGUUGAAAACCAUCGGCAUCAAACACCCAGAGCUCUGCAAAGCACUCGUAAAAGAGAAGCUACGUCUGGACCCAGACAGUGAAAUUGCCACCACAGGUGUCCGUGUGUCUCUCAUCUGUCCGCUGGUGAAGAUGCGACUGUCUGUGCCGUGCAGGGCAGAGACCUGUGCACACCUGCAGUGCUUUGAUGCAGUCUUCUACCUACAGAUGAAUGAGAAAAAACCCACCUGGAUGUGUCCUGUGUGUGACAAACCUGCCCCCUAUGACCAGCUCAUCAUUGAUGGGCUCUUGUCCAAGAUCCUGACAGAAUGUGAAGAUGCAGAUGAAAUUGAGUACCUGGUGGAUGGUUCCUGGUGUCCCAUCAGAGCUGAAAAGGAGAGGAGCUGCAGCCCUCAGUGUCCAAUAUUAGUGCUGGGCUCCUCGGAUGUGAAUGGGCUCCUUCCCACUCCCACCGGGAACGGCGAGAACGGCAAAGCCACUGCAGAUGUGGUGGAUUUAACACUGGACAGCUCAUCCUCAGAGGAAGAGGAGGAGGAGGAUGAGGAGGAGGACGAGGAGGAGGAAGGACCUCAGCGCAAACGCCGCUGCUCCUACGAGAAGGGUUUGGUCUCUGCCUGCUGA